AUGGAAAUUUCAAGAAUAUCACGCGAUAUAUCACUUAGAGUUUUAGAUACAGAUUUAACAAAUCGUGAACGUAUUGAAGCACUUGUUAGUUCAAUGGAUCCCAGUGAUACUGGUUGUAUAGAAAGUUUGAAAUUUAAAAAGAUGAUUCGAAAUUUAGUAGACAUUGUUGCUCUAGAAUCGAUUGAUGAAGAAGGUUUAAUAACUGAAUGGGAACGUCAUUUAUUAAAUCAUGUUCAUAUUCUAGCUGAUUCAUCAGUCAAUAUUCAAAUUGGAAAAGAUGAAAUAGUUAAUGAUUUAUUAAUGCAUCCAAAAAUAAUCGAAUUAUUCGAAAUCGGACAACAGUGA